AUGGCAUCGGUGGUUGUCAUUAUUGAGGGUAGUGUGUGUGCUUGGGGUGAAAUGAAUGAAGCACAUGGAGAUGAAGCUAUUCCAGAAAUUAUACGAUCAUUGGUAGCCUUCACGAAUGCUCAUCUCUCAAUGUCUGCUGCAAAUGGGUUGCUGAUUUUGGGAUACGGUGUUGAUACGAGUAAACAGGUGAUAUUCGACAGUCGUUCGUCCGUAAAAGGAAAUGUCGUUUUCGAUACAUCUCGAGCGGUGAUUCAGGGAAUUAGAGAAAUUUUGGAACAUGGUCUUAACGUUGAAGAUUCCACGGCACAUUCAUCACUUGCGCCCGCUCUUGCGCACGGUCUUUGCUACCUGAACACUUGCACUACACUCUCCGAGGCUUUGCCGACCAAUUCAAUCGCUACAACAGAAACGAAAGCCUCAAAGGAUAAUCGCGUGCUAAUAGUAUCGAUGCGAGAUGAAAUUGUCACGGAACACAGUCAAUUGAUGAAUCUUUUCUUCACGGCAAAUAAAUAUGGUUAUUGCGUUGAUGUAGUUGCCCUUGACAAUCCAUCUCCUUUAUUACAACAGGCUGCUGAUAUUACUGGGGGAUUAUGUCUGCGGGUGUCGAAACCAGAUGAGUUGCUGAAAGCCUUGAUGACACACAUCCUUUGUCCAACUUCAUUAAGAACUUCAUUUUCCUCUCCUCCAGAGGGAACAGUCGAUUAUCGAGCCGCCUGUAUUUGUCAUAAUCGACUUGUCAAUCAAGCCUGGAUUUGCUCAGUUUGCUUGGCGAUCAUGUGCCAAUUUAUGCCAAUCUGCAAAGUUUGCAAAGCCGUAUUUCCCCUCCCGCCACAGAAGCCCAAAAAACGUCCGUCAACCGCUGCAGGAGGUCUGGCUAAAAAGAAGCCGAUGCUAAAA